AUGGCAGUCGCGCAGGGUGACCUAGAAAGAGAUCAUUUAAAUGAGGAAACACCCUUAAUUCACAAUUUCAACGACUGCCAGUCUCAUGUUCUAUCGCGCAAGAAGCUGUUGGUUGUGUUCCCUUCGUUGGCUUUCAGUAUGUUCCUUGCUUUUCUGGACCAAACUGCGAUUUCCACCAGCCUGCCGGCUAUUGCCGCAGGCCUCGAAGCUGGGGCAUCUAUCUCUUGGGUGGGGGCCAGCUUCUUGAUCUCCAGUACUGGCAUCCAGCUUAUUAAUGGUCGUCUAUCGGAUAUAUUUGGUCGGAGAAUGUGUCUCUCCACUGCCUUAACCAUUAUGGGUAUCGGCAACUUGCUUUCUGGCUUUUCACGGACACCAGCUGAGUUAUAUUUGACUCGUGCGUUUGCUGGUUUUGGCGCAGGAGCUAUCAAUGCGCUUGUCCAGAUUGGAAUCUCUGAUAUUACGACUCUUGAACAGAGAGGCUAUUAUUUUGGGUUUAUCGGUAUUGCCAUAGCUCUUGGAAACGGCUUAGGGCCUGUUGUUGGAGGCUGGUUGACCGAAAAGCUAUCAUGGCGGUGGGCUUUCUGGUUCAUUAGCCCUUUAACCGCAAUUGCAGUGGUAUACCUGGGCCUAGUCUGGCCUCAACCAUAUUCGACCAAAAACACAUGGGAGAAACUUAAACUAAUCGAUUGGUGGGGAGCCAUUACUAGCCUACUAUCUAUAAUUUUGAUUCUGGUCCCUAUCUCGCUUGGAGGAUCUGAGCUCCCGUGGAGCUCACCUAUUACCAUUAUUAUGUUGGUACUCGGAAUCCUGUUACUCUGUUUGUUUUUACUUAUAGAGUGGCGGCUUGCUCAAUUACCUAUUCUGCCCAUGCGUGUUUUUCAAUAUGGCCACUCAAAUGUUAUUCUGAUAGGGGUAAAUUUCAUCAUUGGGUGCGUAUUCUGGGGGAACCUCUUUUGGAUCCCGCUAUACUUGCAGAAUAUUAGAGGAUGGAGCCCAGCAAAGGCGGGACUAUUUCUAUUACCAACUGUGAUUACGCAUGGUGUCACAUCUGCUCUCACUGGUGUCAUCAUAUCGUUUUGUGGUCGCUACACUACAGUUAUUCGCGCCGGAGCAGCGUGUUGGUGCAUUUCGGCUGCUGCCAAACUCACAUACACUCAGUUCACCCCUAGCUGGCUGCUAUUGGUUGCUGGGGCCCUGGAUGGAAUUGGAGUGGGAUGCUCUCUUCAGCCAGUCCUCGUGGGGAUAUUAGCUGGCUCCCACAGCGACGAUCGUGCUGUGCUCACAGGACUUCGAAACUUUCUGCGCGAGACCGGAGGUGCUAUGGGCAUAACAUUGGCUGGUGCAAUCCUGAGUAACGUUCUAUUCAGUGGCCUGAAGGCCAGAUUCACCUCGGACCUUAUUUCUCAGUUGACAUCAUCUACUUUUAAUCUAGCAAGCCUCAAUUUGUCUGAAGAAGAAAAACUGCUUGUCUCCGCUGUUUAUAUGAAAGGUCUACACGCAGUCGUUUUUCUCUAUUUAAUCCUAGCGAAUGUGUACUUCAUUGCAUGUUGGUUUAUUGAGGACUGCAGUCUCAAUCGCAAGGUCGUCCAAAAUAUUGCCAGUGAGGAGGAAUCCAGCCAGCAGGGUUAA